AUGUCCGUCUUCUCCCUGAACAUCAACUCUUCCAACCCGGUCACAUUAGAGACGCUGGAUCGCGUCGCGGAUAGUCUGGGUAUCACAGUUGCAGAGCACGAGAAGGAAGACUACCUUCGCCUGCUUGCGGUGUAUCAUGAGAGUGCUGAGGCGUUGAUGGGUCUCCCUGACUAUGUCCCUAUGGUGGAUGAGGAACGCUUCCCCCGACAUAACAUCCACUUCCCAACAUCGGAGGAAAACCCACUAAACGCAUGGGCGUGGAGAUGUGAGAUCCAAGACCAGACCCGUUCCGCAACCUCGGGUCUACUCGCUGGCAGGACAAUCGUCCUGAAGGACAAUAUCGCGGUCAAGGGAGUGCCAAUGCUCAUGGGAACCGAUAUGGUUAGCGGAUAUAUACCCGAUACUGACGCGACAGUCGUGACGCGCGUCUUGGAAGCCGGCGCAGUGGUCAAGGGCAAAGCAGUCUGCGAGAACCUGUGCCAUUCGGCGACAAGUAGUUCUGCUGCCACGGGGUCGGUGCAUAACCCAUUUGCGCGCGGGUAUAGCAGCGGUGGGAGCUCGAGUGGGUGUGGCUCCCUCGUUGCGAAUGGAGAUGUGGAUUUGGCGAUUGGGGCCGAUCAAGGGGGCAGUGUCCGGGUCCCAGCUGGAUGGUGCGGUCUAUACGGGCUAAAGCCUACAUUUGGACUGAUGCCGUAUACCGGAUGUGGAUCGAAUGAGCCGACGAACGACCAUCUGGGCCCCAUGACGCGCACCCUCCUCGAUAAUGCGCUGCUCCUCCAAGCAACAGCCGGCAACGACAAUAUCGACGACCGGUCCUUCGCGGCGCCUCUGCCGUCCCAAAUUCCUGAGUACUACAGCAUUCUAACCUCCCUCCCCAACCCCAAAUUCCUCUCCGGCGUCAAAAUCGGCGUUAUCUCAGAAGGGAUGAACAUGCCUGGCAUAGACCCGCGCGUGCACAAAACGGUCUCAAAAGCCAUCUCGCUUUUCACCGAGCUCGGGGCGACAGUGUCCGACGUCUCAGUUCCGUUUCACUCCAGAGGCGCGGCAAUCUGGACGCCCAUCUCCAAAUCCGGGAACUUCCACAGCCGCAUGAACCGCGCCUUUGGACGGCGCGGCCACGCUCUCACAGACCUGAAUACCCUCUUCCACCCCCUCACGCAAGAGAAAUGGGACCGCGCCUACACCUCCACGAAAAACAUCUACCUUAACGGUGCAUACGCCGAGACUCAGUUCCCCGGAAUACUAAGCAAAGCUAUGAAUCUCUCGCGCCGGCUGCGUGAUGAAUAUGACGCCGCACUGCGCGAGUAUGAUGUGCUGGUCUUGCCAAACCUGCCUUAUAUCGCGAACAGCCAUGUUGACCCGGCUACUGCGACGCCGCUUGAGAUGAUCGCGAAACAGGUCGGGCUUACGGCCAACACGGCGCCAUUUAACCAGUCUGGACAUCCGGUGUUAGCGAUGCCGGUUGGUAUGUUGGAGAUACUAGAGGGGCCCCUGGCGGAGAAGGGGGUCAAGUUGCCAGGCAUCUGCAGCUCGUUGUUCGAGCGCUGGGAUAGGAAGGUCGGCUUUCUGUGUUCUGUCAUCUCUACGGUCGACAUUACUGUCCAUAAAACCUGGAAGACUGCUGGGGUUCUUCUCAGCGUCCUAUACCUCCGACAACGGGACCUACGGCCAUUCAUCAAUCAUCAUUGGCGACACCCAUGGCCUUCGGAGCUCGGGGCUCAGCUAGAUCCAUUACGGCACCUAUCGGAGUCGGGGUUCCAUCACUCUAGCGGUGGAAUUGUUUAUAAUUGUGUCUUUUUGAGCUCUGAAUUGACCAUCCUCUAUCAUGUCGACCUCAACCCUACAACAGAGGCAUCCGUUAUAACAGGUUGCACUCCACUAUUAUCAGCGUCUAUCCCUGCUACAGUGGCCACGAAAACUAACAAUAAUCUGAGAAGGGUAGCGGACUCUUUGCCGCUCUCAGUGCGGCUUAUUGCAGCCAUUGAGCUGUGCGAAAGAUUUGCUUACUUCGGAAUUCUUAGGCCAAUGCAGAAUUACAUCCAGGAUUAA